AUGAAUGACAUGCUGUCAACCAAUAUGCAAGUGUCAACAACUAUCAACAGCAAGAAACUGCCUGAGAAUCCACAGGCUGGAGUAUCGAGCGGCCCUGACAAACAUCCAACAGAGUCUGUUAAGGAUUAUGUACGUCCGCAAGGGGAGCCAAGCAUAUUAGUGGAUGACACAGAAGAUGACCAGCAAGACGCUCCCAAUACCCAAUCAGAAGAGGCGGAGUCACAGCCACUACCAUCCAUGCAUAAGGUGGAUGAUAAUAUGGAUAAAGACAAGCUGCAACCUGAAUCCACAACUGAGGUGGAUAAUAAACGGUGUGACAAAUUACCACCAGAAGGGUUGGUGGAGCAGCAGAGUGCUUUUGAAAAGACCCCACAAGAGACUGAAGAGGUGUCUGUGGAUGCUGAUGAGAGCAUGCCAAAUGGACCACCUGAACGUUGUUCUGUUCGUACGCGUCAGCCUUCGAGCGCGUUGAUGGAGAGCCACCAAAGUGAGAAGGUAUAUGGCCGCAAGCGCAAAGCUGAAGAAGAGCAGGAUGGUGAUCAUCAAGCUCAGUGCAUGCGGGUCCAUUUUGCGAGACUUGCAGUAGCCACUGAAUUGCUGAUUGGUGACCAAGAAUAUAAGAUUGCGCAUCAAGAGCGUGAGAAAGCAGGCAUAUAG